ACAUUGACAAUGACAUACGCGUUGGAGCUUCGUUUGACAUCGAAUUACAUACAAAUAGACAUUUUUUCAUCAAAAUAAGGCUUUAAUAAUUCCAUAUGUGUACAAAUAACCGUAAUAACACGAUACAGAAACCUUACAAAUUACUUCCAACGUAAUUUAAUAACCGAGUUGUAGUGCUAAUGUGUAUAGUAUUGUGUUGAAGAUGUCGAAAAUUAAGAAGUUGACGGGCUCAUUCCGCUAUACGCAAUGGGACCCCUGUCUUAUUGUGGCGCAGAUAGUGGCUAUGCAGUCCGUCCUGUACUGCUCGUUGUGUUUGAUCAUCGCUCUGAUGCAAGACAUGACAGGGUCCACCAGAACCCUUGAUCACAUCUUUGAAUAUCAUGAGAUACAUGUGCGGGACAAUGAAGGCCGGUCUGUUAUAUUUGCAUUUGUACUGAAUGCAAUUAUUGGAGCGUUCACACUCUGGACCAUAGUCGGCAGGACUAAGCUGUGCUUGGAUUUUAGCUGCACAUACCACGGCAUCCACCUGCUGGCGUGUUGGCUGUACAACGGUUCGUUCCCGACCACGUUCUCGUGGUGGGCGCUGAGCGUGUCGUGCGCCUGCAUCACGUGUGUCGCGGGAGAGUUCCUCUGUCUCCGGACCGAGCUGCAGGCCAUCCCGCUCACUAACAUUGGAGCUAAAGUCGACUUAUGAAACAUAAAAAUUCCUUUGAAUUUGAUCAUUGGACAAUCAUUAUAGUUAAAAUGCUGUUUAUUUAGGAAAAUUGUCAGCUGAAUACUGAAUUUUGACUUUGGAUUGUACAGAAUGUAUACUUUUUACGGAUGACCUCACACGGUCUUCGAGCAACUGUUACUUUUCAGUAUUUAAUAGUGAGCAACAAUUCUAAUUUCAUAUACUAUCUACAGUCUAUUUUAAUUGAAAAGCCCUUUAUAUUUUUGUUACCAUGGUCCUGAUUCCGUAUUUGCGUUUAAUUAGCUUAAUUGUAAAUAUAUUCCAAUUUAUUUGAACGAUGUCAUGAUGACAAGUUUCCGAAAAACGACGUAAUAUUAUUUAAUUAAUUCAGUUCAAUAAUAAAAUUCCACCUCUCAAACCACCAAUUAAUAAAAUAAAGAAAGUAAUUCUGUGUUGAAACCAAUAUAGAUUUACUUAAUUUAUUAAUCACAUUUAUUUUAAGUUGCUCCAAAUUGUUUUUAAUCAAGUGGCAUGAUUAAAGGAAGGUUGAAAGGAGUUAUUUCAAAUUUAAUUAAAAUGUGAAUAAAUAUAAAUAACACUAUAAUAUCUAAUAUUGUGAAAGAUAAAUGUAUAAUUAUGUAGUAAAAUACGUAGUAGUGAUGGCUGAACACCUACCGCCGCGGCAUGGUCUCACAGAGCCCAUAAGAUGCAAAUAUGAGAGUGAGUGAAGCGGUUUGUGUACACGACCUGUUGAACGCUGUGUGUAUGCCUUAUUGAUAUGAUCGAGUUGCGAUAUUUAUUUGUAGUAAGUGUAAAUAAAUGAUUUCUAAUUUAA